AUGAGGCUAUCAUCGGUGGUGGGCGCGGUUCUCGCGCUAUGCACCGGAGUAUUUGGGGCAGACUCAAAUCUCACAGCGCAUUGGUCCCCGAAAGAGAUAUUAACUGUCGACUCUGAACCUCCCCAAGUAUUCGAGAACACCAACCUUGUUCGGACCAUCAACCUCGAGAAAGGCUACGUGAGGGAGACCACCAAUGUGCUGGUCACAAACACGGACAAGUCACCACAAUACCAUUACUAUGUCCCCUUGGAAUAUGACUUGAUGGGCAAGAUUGGCGGGUUUGACGCCCGGGACAAGAAGAAGCCAGAGAUUCCAUUGGAAGUCGCCCUUGCUGAGCUAGACAAUAAAUCAGACAAUCAGGGCAGAGCCACAAAACCUACUCAUUACUAUAUCAUCCACCUCUCCGAACCGCUGCCAUCUAAAAGCACCAUCACUCUCUCGAUAUCAUGGAAUGUGCUGGGUGCUCUGACGCCCUUGCCCGCCUCUAUCAAGCAGGAAGACAAGCAAUAUCUUAUGUACAAUUUCUCCGCCUACGUUCCCACGGUCUAUAAGACACACAAGCAAAAAACAAAAGUGAAGUUCGCCUCUGCAGAUGUCCCCGAGUACAGCACCACGACUGGCUUGACAUCAGCCACCGAUCCAGAAAAGCAGGGUUCAUCAUUCACAUAUGGUCCUUACGAUACGGCCAAGGUCGAACCAGGCACGGUCUACCCAGUGACUGUGCGCUACGAAUUCAACAAGCCCCUCCUUGUAUGCAGCCUGCUUGAACGAGAUGUUGAAGUUUCCCACUGGGGAGGCAAUUUGGCGACUGAAGAAAGAUACUGGCUUCGUCAUGACGGCGCUACGCUCUCAAAUCAAUUCUCUCGCCUGGCAUGGAGUACGCAGAGCUUCUACAUCAGCGCAGGACAGGGAUCUACUUCAGCUCUCAGGGAACUGAAAGUACCGCUGAAACCAGGCACCGUCGACCCCUAUUUCACAGACAUUGGAAACGUGUCGACAUCGCGUUUCAGGCCCAAUAAUGUCCGCGAAGCUAGCUUGGAGCUCAAACCUCGCUACCCUCUAUUCGGGGGAUGGAAGUAUAGUUUCCGCAUUGGCUGGAAUAAUGCCCUUUCCUCUGUCCUCCGCAAACUCAAGACUAAAUCCGACACGUACAUCCUCUCUGUCCCACUUCUGGAAGGUCCUAAAAUGCCAGAAGGCAUUCAAUACGAGAAGCUUGUCUUCCGCGUCAUCCUGCCCGAAGGCGCAAUAAACGUCCAAUGGCAAACUCACGGCGGAACAGGCGUGCCUCCUCUGCAUGCCGAGUAUGAUAACCACAAGACGUUCAUGGACACCUUGGGCCGAACGGAGUUGAAGUUGACGGCUUACAAUGUCGUUGAUGAGGCAAGAGAUGUUACUGUCCUGCUGACGUACGAGUAUCCGUUCCUAGCGGCUUUCAGGAAACCCGUCACCAUCUUUACUGGAUCAGCUGUGGUGUUUGCGCUAGCUUGGUUGGUGGGCAGUGUGGACACGAGUAUCGGGAAGAAGAAGAGAUGA